UGGCCUGGCGAGGAGGGUCCCCGCGGGGGCGCUGCGGCCGCAAUCGCAUUCGGGCGGCGGCGGGUGAUGGCGGCGGCGAUGGGUUCCGCUGUCUUCCUUCUCCUGGCGCUMCUCGGGCCCAUGGCCGCACUCGCCGGAUACAUCGAGGCCCUGGCAGCCAGUGCUGGGACAGGAUUUGCGGUGGCAGAGCCUCAGAUUGCCAUGUUCUGUGGGAAGCUAAAUAUGCAUGUGAACAUCCAGACAGGGAAAUGGGAACCUGAUCCUUCCGGGACUAAGAGCUGCUUUGGAAGAAAGGAGGAGAUUCUGCAAUAYUGCCAGGAGAUGUACCCAGACCUUCAGAUCACCAAUGUGGUGGAAGCCAACCAGCCUGUCASCAUUGAUAGCUGGUGCAAGCGUGGCAAGAAGCUGUGCAAGGACCACCCUCACAUCGUCGUGCCCUACAAGUGCCUGGUGGGUGAGUUUGUAAGCGAUGUCCUGCUGGUUCCUGAGAAGUGCCGGUUCUUCCACAAGGAGCGCAUGGAUGUGUGUGAAAGCCACCAGCACUGGCACACUGUGGCAAAGGAGGCCUGUCUGACAGAAGGGAUGAUCCUGCACAGCUAUGGSAUGCUGCUGCCCUGUGGAGUGGACCAGUUCCAYGGAACAGAAUAUGUGUGCUGUCCUCAGACUAAGGUUGUGGAUGAGGCUCUGUCCAAAGAGGAAGAGGAUGAGGACGAYGAUGAAGAYUAUGACCUUUACAAGAGUGAGUUCCCUACAGAGGCAGGUGUAGAAGACUUCACAGGAACAGCUGUGGAAGAAGAUGAGGAUGAGGAUGAUGAAGGGGAAGAGGAGGAGGACGUGGUGGAAGACCGUGAUUACUACUAUGACAGCUACAAAGUUGAUGACUAYAAUGAAGAGACCCCCACUGAGCCCAGCAGCGACAAGGCUGUGGCUGAAAAAGAAGUGAGCAGCGACAUGAAAUCUGUCUGCUCCCAGGAGGCCAUGACAGGGCCCUGCCGGGCUGUGAUGCCUCGUUGGUACUUCGAUCCUAACAAGAGAAAAUGCAUUCGCUUUAUAUAUGGAGGCUGCGGAGGCAACAGGAACAAUUUUGAGUCAGAGGAGUAUUGUAUGGCUGUGUGUAAAAAGAUGAUGCCAACUGAUGAUGUGGAUGUCUACUUUGAAACCCCUGCUGAUGACAAUGAGCAUGCCCGCUUCCAGAAGGCCAAGGAGCAGCUGGAGGUCAGGCACCACAACCGCAUGGACCGGGUGAAAAAGGAAUGGGAGGAAGCUGAGCACCAGGCUGUAAAUCUCCCCAAGGCAGAAAGGCAGACUCUGAUCCAGCACUUCCAGGCUAUGGUGAAAUCUCUGGAGAAAGAAGCAGCAAGUGAGAAGCAGCAGCUGGUGGAGACUCACCUGGCUCGUGUGGAAGCCAUGCUGAACGAUCGGCGUCGCAUUGCCCUGGAGAACUACCUGGCUGCCCUGCAGGCUGACCCACCACGUCCCCACCGCAUCCUGCAGGCYCUGAAGCGCUACGUCCGUGCCGAGAACAAGGACCGGCUGCACACCAUCCGCCACUACCAGCACGUCCUGGCAGUGGAUCCCGAGAAGGCUGCUCAGAUGAAAUCCCAGGUGAUGACACAUCUUCAUGUGAUUGARGAGCGGAUGAAUCAAAGCUUGUCUCUGCUCUACAAGGUGCCAUAUGUAGCUGAAGAAAUCCAGGAUGAGAUUGAUGAGCUGCUUCAGGAGCAACGUGCAGACAUGGAUCAGUUCACAUCCUCCAUUUCUGAGUCCCAGGUGGAUGUCAGAGUGAGCUCUGAGGAGAGUGAAGAAAUUCCACUGGAUGGCAAACCUUUCCGCCCAUUCCAGGUGAAAACCUUCCCAGCCGUGCCUGAAAGUGAAGAUCCUCAGCCGGAUUUGUACCAUCCAAUGAAAAAAGGUUCUGGCAUGACCGAGCUGGACGGGCUGAUUGGUGCUGAAGAAAAAGUGAUUAACAGCAAGAACAAGGUGGAUGAAAAUGUGGUAAUUGAUGAAACCCUUGAUGUGAAGGAGAUGAUUUUCAAUGCGGAGCGUGUCGGAGGGCUGGUGGAUGAGCCGGAUAAUGACAACUCCCUCCGUGAUGACUUCAGCUUCAGCAGCAGUGCCCUUAUUGGGCURUUGGUGAUUGCUGUUGCCAUAGCUACUGUUAUAGUCAUCAGCUUGGUGAUGCUGAGGAAGAGGCAGUAUGGGACCAUCAGCCAUGGAAUUGUGGAGGUUGACCCRAUGCUCACCCCUGAGGAGCGGCAUCUGAGCAAGAUGCAAAACCAUGGCUAUGAGAAUCCCACUUACAAAUACCUGGAGCAGAUGCAGAUAUAAAAGAGAUGAAGAUAGACUAGCCCUGAUGGGAUAAGCUGCGGGGCGAAGGGCCAAAGUGGUCCAGUGUUUGGAUCAACUACUGACCAACAGUUGCUUCAAGAGGACUUCAUCUUACAUUCAGAACUCCUGGAUCAUUAAGACUAUAAUUACUACUGUAGAGUUGCAAUUUCCAUUCUUUUAAAUGGGUGAAGAAAUGAUAAUAUAACAAUAUGAUAUAUAAAUCUCCUUAAAUGGGAAAAAUGGAUCUAUUGCAGAUGUUUGACUGAGAUGUAGUUUUCUUUUUUUUUUUUAAUAAUCUGAAAAAUACCAGUUCUGUUGUACUGUUGUCUGAUACAAGCUCUAUAUAUAUAAAAAUGGGAAAUGCUGAUUUUUAUUUCUGAUAGACCACCUGUAUAUUGAGGGUCGUUUGUAUCAGCCCACCUUGGAAAAAGGAGACAGUUGUGGCUCUUCACAUUUUGGCUUUUAUAUAUAAAGCAGUAUUCUUUUUUYCYUUUUUUUUAAGUGAAUUUCACUGGGAGUUGCAAAGAGAUUAAUUUAGGAGUAGGAGCUCUUACAGCAUAAGCAAGGAAACAAUUGGGAAUGGUAACUAACAAAAUUCCUUAUAAUGAGGAGAACAAAAAAAAAGAAAAAGAGAAAAAAAAAAAAGAAAAAACCCCAUCCUCAUAUGCCAGUGGUGUGCACCCUGC